UAUGACAGACGUUGAAAUUACACCAAAACAUUUGAAAUUUUAAAAAAUUGGAUAAGAAAAGACAGUAUACAACAAUAUAAUUAUUAGAUUACUGUCAAGAACAAUAGGAGGGUUGUGCUUAAUUUUGCAUUCAGACUUUUCAAAAAUUAUGAAAUAGCACCAACUGCCCUUUAACUACUUCCUGGAGAGGCAACUGUAGUAACUGUUAAAUUAAAGAAUGUUGAAGCUCAAGAGGACUUUAUUUACAUAAAAGGAGAUAAUUUAGAUUGUAGAAUUGCUGUUAGUUUUGAAUGUGAUUCUGACCGUUUGAAUUAAUAUAUUGAUUAAGAUAUUCAAAAUAGGACAAUCACAUCACCAGGAUUUGGAAAUUUAGAGACAUUUGGUAAUGUUAGAAGUGAAUAGUUUAAUGCUGAAGAAAAUAAAAUACUUCAAUAAAGAAUCAAUUAUCUAACUUAAUAAAACCAGUUACUUAAUGAUGCAUUAGAACAAUUUAUGAAUUAAGAAAUGGAUGGUAAUUCUAUUAAAGACUUAUUAAAUCACUUAAUAGAAUAGGAAAGAUAAGACAAUGAAUUUAGAAGUUAAAGGGUUUUAUUAAUGAUAGAAGAAAAAGAUAGAGAAAUUGAUGAUUUAAGAUUAUAAUUAUAGAAACAUUAAUUCAACAGUAAUACCAAAGAUUAACUUAAAGAAUUAGUAAAGGAGAAUGAGAAGUUAUAAAUGAAAAUCUAAGACUAUCAAGCUAGAGAGUAAUAUUUUAAUUAACAUUAACCUGAAAGAGAGAGUUAUGUGAUGUUGUAUCGUAAAUAUGAAUCAAUACUUGAUCAAAAUAAAAAAUUAGAAUCUAUAAAUAGAUAAAUGAAUGAAGAAAUUGAAGUUAUAGCUAAAAGAUUAAAUGAUAGUGGAUUAUAAAAUUCAAAUAUUAGAGUUGAAGAAACUAGAGAUGAAUUAGUAAAUAGAUUAAAUGCUCGUAUCACAUAACUUAAAUUAAGAGAAGAAAAAUUACUAGAAGAAAAUGCUCAUUUAGAAGAAAUGCUUAUCUAAUAAUAAGGAUCAAGUUAAAAUUAUUCAUCAAAUUAAUCUAAAAAUUUAACAGAUGAUCUAUUAAAAAAAGAAUAUUAAAUAUUAGAAAAGUCAAAGAAAGAGUUAGAAAAAAAAUGUAAUGAUACUAUAUCCAAAUCUUAAAUACUAGAAAAGUAAGUAGAUGAAUAAACUAAAUAAGCUGGAUAUUUAGGUGAUGAAUUAUGGAAAUCUUAAAGAGAAAAUGAAAAGUUAAAAUAAGAAAUUAAAAAAUUAAAAGAAUAAGAUGAAUUAAUUAAAAAAGAAAGAUUAGAAUAUGAAUCUUAGAUUUAUGCUCUAGAAUAAACACUUAAAUAAGCUAAUAGUUUAUAGGAUGUAAAAGAAGAAGCUAGAAAAAGAUGGGAAAAAGAAUUAGGUAAAUUGUAAAGUAGUUAUGAAAAUGAAAUUGUUGCUUAUUAAGAUGAUGCAUAAAAAUUAAAGAAAAUAAUUAAUGAUUUAAAAAAAGAAAAUGAAAUUACAAAUACUUAAUUAAAAGAAACAUAAUUUAAAUUUGAUUAAAAAAUAUAAUAAUUAUCAUAAUAUGAAGAAUAAAUGUAAGAAUUAUAAUUUAAAAAUCAAAAAUUAUAAAAAGUUAAUCAAUAAAAUUAAAUUGAUAUAGAAAAAACAAAAAGUGAAUUUAUUAUUCUUAAAGAAAAAACAGAUAUUGAACUUUAAAGAAGAGAUAAUCUUGAAAAGUAACUUUAAGAUAGAUAAUUAUGUCUCUAAGAUUAAAUUAAUAAUAUUAUGAAAGAGAAAUCAAUAACAUAAAGUGAAUUAUAAUUAGAAAUGAAUAAAUUAUGUUAAUAACAUAAAGCAUCUAUUGAUUAAUUAUUAAUGGAUAACAAAUCAUUAGAAUAAUAAUAUUUAUUAGUUCAAGAUUAACUAAAAAUCUAAAGAGAUUAAUAUGCUUAAAGAGAGGAAGCCUUAAUUAGAGAAGUUAGGAAUAUGUAAGAAAAAAUUGAAAAAUUAGUAUAAAAUUAAAAGUAAAAGGAAAAAUAGAGAAGAAACAGUAGAAGUAACAAUUCUUCAGUUGAAAAAACAGUUGCACCUUCUCUUCAUAAUAUUGAAGAAGAAAGAAAAAUCUCUGAUUUAUAUAUGUAGAAAAUUAGAGAAUUGGAAUCAGAGUUAAACAAAACUAGAUAAUAAAAAAUGUAAAUAGAAUUUGAUUUUAAUCAAUUAAAAACAAAAAGUACAUUUUUAUAAUAAGGAUAAACAAAAGACUUUCUAGCAUAAUAGUAACCUAUUCUUGCAGAUGAUUUAAAUGAACUCAAGAAAACUAUGAUUGAAAUGAGACUAGAGAGAGAUAAAAUAAUUAAUUAAUUAUAAGAAAAGGAUUAUUAGAUUGAUCAUUUGAGUACAUAAGUUCAAGAUUAUGCUUCUCUUGUUUAAUAAUAACAAGGAAAUCUUGAACAAAUGGAAAUUAAAUUAAGUUAUAUUAAUGAUGAUUUCAAAAAAACUCUUGAAUAAAAGAAUUCUGAAUUACACAAACUCAAAUUGGAACUUAAUAUAAGGGAAGAAUAGAAUUAAGUUUAUUAAGAAUAGACUAAAUUAUUAACAAAUGAAAGAAGAGAAAUUAAUGAAAAGUGUUAUAUAUAAAAUUUUGAAAUAGAGUAAAUGAAAACCAAUUAUUAAGAAGUUGAAACAUCAAGAAAACAAUUAAUUUAAGAACUUAGAUAGAAAAUUGAUGUUUUAAUAAAAGAUAAUGAAGAAAAUGCUGAAAUUAUAUAAAAAAUUAAUACUGAAAUUGUAAAUCAAAAGGAAAUAUAUGAGGAAAUUAUAGAGAGAUAAAAUAAUACAAUGGAAUUGAUUAGUGAAAAAUUCAAUUAAGAUAUGUAAGAAUUAUAAUGUAGAUAAAAUUAAUAUUUUAAUUAGAAUGAUGCUUAUAAAAAAAGUCUUAAUCCUACUAAAGAAUAAUAAUGGUUUAAAGAAUUAAUAUAAUCAUAUCAUGAUAAUGUUGUUUAACUUUCUUAAAAUAUGUAGAAAUAGAAAUAAAAUAAUGAUAAAAGUAAAUAAUUACAGUAGACAAUUAACCAAUAAAAAUAAUAAAUAAAAGAAAUAUCUGACAAAUUAAAUACUAUUUAAACUGAAAAUUAAAACUUAUCAAAAUAACUUGAAAAGCAUAAACCUAAAAUUCCUAGUCUCAAAAAACCAUCUACAAGUAAAUAAAUUUAGUAAGAAAAAUAGAAAUAUGAUGAAUAAGUACCUGUUACAUUGCUUUUACAAUAAGGUAAAGUUGCAGAAGUAGAGAUUAAAUCUAAUUAAUAUAAAAUCUAAUUAAAAUUAGCUGAAUAAAAGAUUGAUCAAUUAAAACAAGCUAAUUUAAUUUAUGAAUAAGAAUUAAAAAAAGUUAAUUAAUCAAAUUCUCAUUUAUAAGAUUUACUUAAGAAUAGAGAUUAAACAAUUUAAGAACUAUAAAAAUAAUACAAGCAAGAAAAUCAAAAAAUUAUUAAUGAAUUAAAUCAAGUCUAAAAUAAAUUUGUACCAGAAGAUAAAGUUUAGGCACUUAAUGAGGUUAUAAUUUAAAAAGAUUAAAUUAUUAAUUAAUUAAAAGAUGAAAUUUAAAGAAAAAAAGAUGUUGCUGAUUAAUUUAGAGGAGACAGAGAAGAUCAAAAGCAAAUUGUUGAAAAAUUAAAAAAAUAAAAUGAAGAUUUAUAAACAGAAAAUGAAAAAUUAAAAAGAGUAAAUAAAGAUAAUGAGAGAUAAAGUAGCAAUUUCAAAGAAUUCAAAGAGAAAUAUGAUCAAAUGAAAGUUUAAGAGAAAUAAAUUUAAGAUGAAAUUAAAAGCAUAUAAGAAAAAAAUAAGUAACUUAAAUAAGACAAUACAAGGAAGGAAACUAAUAUAAAAGAAUUAAAGGAUAAAAUAGAUUAACUUUAAAACUAGAAACCAAAUGAUUCUGAAAAACAAGAUUUAUUAUAAUAAGUUAAAAAAUUAAAAGAUGAAAUUAAUAGAAAAGAUUAAGCAAUAAAGCACUUUAAGUAGAAAUUUGAAGAAAAGUCUAAUGAAUUUGAAAUUUAUAAGACUGAUUAUGCAUCUAAAUAUGCAUAGACUGUAUCAGAAUUAGGUAAUAAAUAAUUUUAUUUUUAGAAAAGGAAAUGAGAAAAAAUGAAUAAGGUAAAAUUGGAAGUAAAAAGUAUGAAAAUUAAGUAAAUAUGUUAAUAUUUCUAUUGAAACGUAUUUAUAGAGAGAAUUAUAUGGAAUUAAAUAAAGGUAAUUAAGCAAAGGUUUGCAUAAAAGGUGAAAAUAAACCUAAAAAUAUAUCUAAGUUUUCAGAGUCUAUGAACAUUUUAAAUUUAGGACCUGAAGAUAUUGAAGAAUUCUUAGAACCAAAUAUUUCAGUGAGUACAGUUAAAAAAUCAAAUAAUAAAGAUUUGGAUAGAUUUGAGUCAUUAUUCAUGAAUCCUGAUUAAUUAGACGUAAAUUAAAUUUUUAAUAUGAUCAAUAAUGUAAUUACUGAAAGAAUAAACUGUAGUUGA